GAUAUAUCAGGUGCAAAUUUAAUAUCAGAAAUGCCUAUAGGAAUGAGAUAUUUGACAUGCCUCCAAACAUUAUCUAAUUUUAUAGUGGGGAAAGAUAAUGGAUCUAGUUUAGAUGAUUUGCAGUGUUUAAAGGAUCUUCGGGAAAGGCUUUGUAUCUCAAAGCUAGAGAAUUCACAGGAUCCAAGAGCAUACAUAUUAGGAGACAAGGAUAAGCUACAAGUGUUGAGUUUAGAAUGGAGUCCUGAACUUGAUAAUGCAAGAGACAAAGCAGCAGAAGAAUAUGUACUUGAAAUGCUACAGCCUCACAGGAAUCUGGAAGAACUCACAAUCAAAUGUUAUGCGGGUACAGAAUUUCCACCUUGGGUGGGGGAUCCCUCCUCUACACCAGUGGUUCUAAGAGUCCUAAGGUUGGAGAGUUGUAAAAAUUGCACUUCUUUGCCUUCACUGGGGCUAUUUACAUCGCUAAAAGACCUCACCAUCAAAGACAUGACAGGAAUAAAAAGGAUUGGUUCGGAGAUUUAUGGGGAGGGUUGCUUUCAAUCAUUGGAGAAUCUUUAUUUUGAGGAUAUGGAAGAAUGGGAACAUUGGGAUCCUAUUGAAGAAAAUGAGCCUGUUCAAAGAUUCCCUCGUCUUCAAAAGCUUUCCAUCAAAAAUUGCCCCAAACUCUCUGGAGCACCACUUAAUCAUCUUCAGUCAUUGGAGAAAUUUAAGAUUUUUAAUUGUGCACAGUUGGUGGUUUCAUUCUCAAGCCUUCCAAAGCUGUGCAAAUUACAAAUAGAUGGAUGCAAAAAGAUGAUAUGCAAUAGUCUAACUGACUCUAAAUCACUAAAGUCUAUGACUCUUUCAGAUUUUUGUGAGUUUGGAAAUUGGUUGAGACAAGAACCGUCUGCCCUCACCUCCCUCCGAGAGCUAUGCAUUCAAAACUGCAGGGUUUUAACAUCCUUACCUGAAGGUCUGAAGAAUUUUUCUCAUCUUGAAUGUUUAGAAGUUGAAGAUUGUGAUUCUCUAACAUCCAUUGUCAGAGAGCACGUUCCCUCAUCAUUAAAGAGAUUCUCUGUAUUGAACUGUGAGAAUCUGCAAUGUUUGUUUGAUGGUAGAGAGGAUUUUUCUUCUUCUGCUUCGGUGAGUGAUGAAUCUACUCUAGAAUAUUUGUCCGUCUCCAACUGCCUAGCUCUCAAGAGCUUAUCAUUAAAAGGCCAAUUAUUUGCUGCACUUAAAUUCCUUCGGAUGCGGAAUUGUCUAAAGCUCACAUCAAUUUCAUCAGGAGAUGAGUUACCUGAGGCACUCAAACACCUAAAGAUUUCAAAAUGCUCUGAACUCACAACCGUGGUAAGAGACAAGUUACCUGAGACGCUUGAGUACCUGCAAAUUGACAGCUGCGCAAAGCUAGAGUCAAUAGCAGGAAGGUUCCAUGAUAACCUGUCUCUUCGUUUUGUUCAGAUCUCAAAUUGCAACAAAAUUCAGUCCUUACCUGACGAUAUUCACAAUCUUAGGGGUCUUCAUAGGUUUGAAAUAAAUGAUUGUCCGAGCCUUGUUUGCUUCCCACAUGAAGGGCUUCCCUCCUCAGUUUUUAGUGUUUCAAUUCGUAAUUGUGAGAAACUUGAAGCUUUACCCAGCAGCAUGAACAAGCUCAACUCUCUUCAGGAAUUAACCAUUCACGAGUGUCCAAGAAUCCCAUCAAUUCCUGCUGAAAGUUUUCCCAUCAACCUAACUUUACUCUCGGUUGAAAAUCAGAAUAUCAGUGAAUCAUCACUUGUUGACUGGAAGUUGCACAGGCUGAGAUAUCUUAAACAUCUUUCCAUUCUUGGAUGCUCAGAUGCAGUGUCUUUUCCACCUGAGAAAAUGCUACUUCCUUCCUCUUUAACGAAUCUGGACAUUCAAAAUUUCCAGAAACUGAAAUACCUAACUUCUCAGGGUUUCAGAAGCCUCACCGCUCUCGAACAUUUAUUGAUAGGAGAAUGCCCAAAUCUCACAUCACUUCCAGAGAAGGGUCUCCUAUCUUCACUCUUACGAUUAAGAGUUUUUGGUUGUCCUGUGCUGAAAAAAAGGUGCAAGAGGGAUAAAGGAAAAGACUGGUCUAAGAUAUCUCACAUUCCUUGUGUUGAGAUAGAUCAAAAAUUCAUUUAUGAGGAAUAAACUCUGUUUGAUGUCAAGAACAAUGAAAGUUAGUAGAAUCAGAGAAUUGCCCCAUUCUUCUUUGUACUCUUAUCUGAGAUGAAGCUUUUUAUCUUUGUUCUUUUAGUGAACUGCUUCUUCAUUUCAGUGAUUCCUUCAACAGCUUUUGGUGAAAGAAACAGGGUUCACUUUUCAGUUGGAUGAUCAGUUUAUCUUUACUAAAGUCCAGUUUUUCCUGCCGCCUUCUUCAGCAUCUUCAUGCAAGUAUAUUCAACUCUUUUCUAUAUCUGAUGUUAGAUGUUACAAAUAAUCCAACAGUAUUUAGCAGAGUCUACGUCAACCCAAGAUGCAUCUUCCUCUUUGGGACUUCCAAAAGGUUCUUUUGGAACGCCAAUACAGAUAAAUUGAAAGAAAUAUAGGAUGAAACUCUCAGGAUAUCUAGUAUAAGAAACCGCUACAAGAGCCAACCGUGCUGAAUGCGACACUUCCUGAUCCUGAAGAACGUUGUCCUAUGUCUGGUUCAGGCUCACCCUUCCACAAGCACAACAGGGUAGGAAUGAAAGAGCAAAAACUAGGAGGCUUCCUUAUUAGAGUAUCACUGUGGAAGACGGUAAACUCUCCGAGUACUGCUAUUGACAAGAGUCUUCCAUAGAACAAAUCUAUGGUACAACUAACUAGUUAUGAGGCAACUGCAUGUCACAUGUGCUGAUGUGGUGUCCUAUUAUUGGUUGGUUGUAUGUUAGUAUUACUGACAUGACACUGUACAUGUUAGUAUUACUUUGUCUAUGUAAAGAGUGUUUUUCCUCUAUUGGGCUGAGGUUUAACAUUGAGACUUAAAGAGUUUUGUGUUGUAGGAGAUCAUUAAGUCAUAUAAGACUGUUCCAUAUAAGUUUUUUUCGUAUUUCAUUAUCAAA